CAGAGUGGGGCAUGUAGUAUCCUCCCGUCGCCUGGAGAAAGUUUAUGCAAGUACUUUCUAUCAGCGAAUUUAUGGUGUAAUAUGAACCCAAAAUAAAGCUACGCAAUUAAUUCGCUCGUAGCUUAGAAAAUUUCCGCAGUUUGACAAACUCUUUUUGUAAUCACAUAGAACAUUAUGAAUUUGUGUUCCAUAGAAUUAUGAUACUAAUCAACUUAUUAGUGUAUGGUGGUACGGUGGGUUUCUGACGGAUUAACAGCAGAUGCCUCGUUCGUAGUCGUUGAAAGUGGGGUUGUUAGGUCUUGAAUUGGUGUCUCUGAGAGCGCCCAGUGUAGUGAUGGAGGCGGCCUGUACACUGAUUUACCUCAUCGCCUACGCGGCAGCUUCAACCGCAACUAAAGAAGCGUGGUUCUCGGAGUGGACUGUGGUGAGAGGACAAGCAGAGCUUCCUUGUCUGGUUCCUCUACCUGCGGACCAAAAUGAUAAGCCCCUCCUCGCUCUCUGGUACAAGGAGACGCAGCCCACCGUCCCCAUCUACAGCUACGACACCAGAAGCGGGCCUUUUAACGAGGGGGUGAGAUGGGCCGAUAAGGGCUAUCUGGGCUCCCGCGCCUUCUUCAGGAUCAUGUCAGAUCCACCAACCUUGGUGGUCGAUGAUGUUAAGGUGGCUGACCAGGCAGUCUAUACCUGCAGGGUUGACUAUAAAGUGAGGCCUUCAGCCAUCACCAAAGUCAACCUUACUGUUAUUGUACCUCCUGGUCCGCCCAUUAUCUUGAACAGCAUCGGUACGCAGCUAACUCACACUGUGGGUCCCCUUGAGGAAGGCGCCCACACCCAGCUCACCUGCAGGUCUGUGGGCGGAUCUCCCACGCCCAUACUCACGUGGUGGAGGGAUGGGGACAGGCUGGACCAGGUAGGAAGCGUUCGAGGUUCGGGCGUAGAGAGCAGGAUCAUGGUGGUGGGCUCAAGAACGCUCCAGGGGGCUACCCUGACCUGCCAAGCCCUCAAUAAUAACAUCACCGAGCCCUCUUCUACCUCCCUCACCAUCAACGUCCUAUUACGCCCAUUGUCGGUGGAGAUCGUGGGCGGCGUGGGGUCCCUGUCUGCUGGCCGCCCUGUAGAACUGGUGUGCAGGGCUGUGGGGUCACGCCCACCUGCCCAAAUCACAUGGUGGAGAGGAUCACAGCAGAUCACAGACGUCCAAUACACGGUGAUGAAUGGGGGAAACGUCACCAUGGGGUCGAUCGUGUUGAUGCCCACGAGACAGGACGAUGGUAAACACAUUACGUGUCGAGCAUCCAACCCUGAGAUACCCCACUCCAUGUUGGAGGACUCUACUCCUCUCACCAUACGCUACAAACCUGAGGUAGAGCUGGCGCUGGGCCGGGCUCUCGACCCCGAAGCCAUCAAAGAAGGGGACGACGUCUACUUUGAGUGCACCAUUCACGCUAAUCCCCUCGUCCACCGUGUUACCUGGUUCCACAACGGUGACCUGCUGGAGACCAACAAGAGCGCUGGUCUCCUCAUUUCUGACCACAGUCUGGUGCUGCAGAAGGUGAGGCGUGGGCGUGCAGGGGAGUACACUUGUGCCGCCCACAAUCACGAAGGUCAGGGGCUCAGCAACGCAGUCAAGCUCAACGUUAUGUUCGCGCCAGUGUGCAGCUCACCAGGUAGGCGGACGCAGGGGGUGGCCAGACUAGAGAGUGCCAAGGUGGUGUGCCAGGUGGAGGCCUUUCCCCCUCAGGUGAACUUCACGUGGAGAUUCAACGGGUCAUCAGAAGGAGAGGCGCUGCCCUUGCAAUCCAUCAUGAACCAGGGCACGUCUUCUAUGCUAAACUACACGGCCUCCAUGGAGCAGGACUACGGCACUCUCCUCUGCUGGGCCUCCAACCGGAUAGGACCGCAGAAGGAGCCUUGCGUUAUACAUCUCAUUCCUGCAGGCCCACCGGAUCCCCCUAAAAACUGUUCCAUAGCCAACCAGACGAGCGAAGCGCUGGUGGUGGAGUGUACACCAGGAUUCGAUGGUGGCCUUCCACAACACUUCGUUAUGGAGGCCUGGGACCACGACACUCUCCUCUCUAAUACUUCCAGCCUGGCGCCGGAGUUCGUGGUGCGCGGUCUGGAGGCGGGAAUGGGCGUCACUCUCAAGGUGAGAGCCACUAACGCACGGGGGCAGAGUGCGUCCAUCAACCUCGAGGCCGACAUCAUGAAGGUGGCGGAGAAGCGAAUGGGCCCUCCGGAGGAAGUGUUCGUGCCUCCUGUUGUGGGCGCCGUAGUGGGCGGUGUAGGUGCUGUGCUGGUGCUGGUGGUGGCAGGGCUGGUCCUCACCCACUACGCCCACAGAGCACGCCCGCAGAACCACGCCCCGAAGACCGAGUCGCCCCCCACCCUCACCAACGUGUAUGUGGGCGGCGGCAGAGGCGAGGAAACACACACCUUGUCCAAGUCAGGAAACCCAGACGUGGUCAGAGGAACAGGUGAGGAGGACCUGGGCGUGGAGGAGUGUGUGGGGGGAGUAGGAGUGCCAAGAUGCGUGGAGGCUGUGGCGAUCCUGCAGGGAAACACUGUGUCUGGGGUCACCACGACGUUACCUGACCCCCACAAGGGGAUGGAUGUUGAGUACGUGGAGGUGAUGUCUGGUGGCACCCUCGGCUCCACCCUCAGACGUCGUGAAGAACCGGUAGUUUACACCAGCCUCGCCCCUCACCCGUACCACGCCUACCCUGCCCACAUGUCCCAGGCCAUGGUGGACCCUAGGGACAUGGGUCACGACAUGCCCGAGGGCUGCAUGACAACCACAACUUCACUGCAUGAUUUGGCUGGGGUGUUGCAUCCAGUCCGAGGUCAUCAUCCCUCCCAGGCACCGGCGAUGGGUCGAGAUGAGGGUGUCAGCGUGUACGGAACGCUACGACGAGGGGGAGAAAGGAUUAGGGAAGGCGGGCCACCUCACCCGCGAGCCGUGGGGACCUUUCUGGCCACUAGUCACCAAGAAAGUGCAGUCUAAAUCACGCACCUGAAAUGAGUUUUGUUCCAAGCUCCCUCUCUCAGGCCAGACUCUUGAGCCCACACGACUCACUGGACACGUUUGCCUAACGCUGGUAUAUUAUUUAUCAAUGAAUUAUAAUCGUAAUUCAUUGCUACCAUCAGAUGUUGAAUUUGAGGAAGUGUUUGGACGUUAAUAUCUGUAGAUGGUCUCACCGCAGUUGUACAGGACCUCAUAACAGCUGUCUAGUAUCUCAUAAUAUGCUCAAUUAGAUGGAUCCUCCGCCCAGCCGCAGUCUAUGAAUGGUACCACUAACAAUAUUUCGAUAAUAGUUAUAGAGAAAAAUGCGAACAACAGUUUCCAGAAAUAACCGCUAAAAACUUACGCUUCUCACCAUCAAAAUUAAGAUUCUUCCUUAUUCUUCGUGACAAAGAAGUACUCCGAGUGUCCAAGAAAAUGAAGAAUUUUGGGUAUCAAAGAUGCAACACAAUUUUUUGCAAAUGGUUUCAGUGUGUCUAAAGUCGAUCAAUCUACCCAAUUCGAUUAUCCCGUCCGACAGUGGUUAAGAAAAAGUGAAAUUUCUAGGCAUCUUUUAAUUAACUUUUAGAAAUCCUUCAGAACACCGCCAAGGUGCGAAUGCUUCUCCUCCACCACCACCAGGUGGAGCACGAGACUGAAAUAUUGGAGGAGUUCUCCAUCUGAGUGAGGUGUAGUGUGGUGGCUUCUACAGCGUAUAACAUCAGUGCAAUCGUCAGCUUGGAGAGUGUCCUACACAGGUGACUAUACAGUGAGCAGUUAACUUACCAAAGACCCUCGUCAACUAUUGUCAUUCCCGACCAAAAAAAAGUUUCAUAUGCGGUGAUUGAGCAGGAAAGGAGAACGUGAUUGUGCCCAAUCAUUCACUCAUCUCCCUCAGUACACUAUGCUGUGAAUUAGAAACAGAGUGAAAAUAUAUUUAUAUAUACAUUAAAUACUAAUUACGAGGGUGUCAUCAAAAGUUAGAAAAUGCCGGUGGUUGUGGUGUCACGUUACUAACUUCUUGUCACGUGCUAAGAACGGUGCAGCAGCCAUAACUGUGGACUUGAGGUCUACUUUAGCGUUGAGACGUAAACAGCUCUCGCAGUUCAUAGCUACUGGUUGUGCCUCACAGUGUAAAGUGAACUCCAAUUGGAUAACUUGUAGAGAGAAAAAUAAAAGCUCGUGGGCAAUAUUUCCAAUUUGAUAUAAAGAACUUCUUCUAGUGGAACUAUAUUGGUGACGUUUUUAACUACUAAGUGAUGACAAUAUUUUUAACCAAAGUCAUUACCAAAGAAAAAUAAAUAUAUAAACACUAGCACAAAAUUAUAUAUAUAUAUAUA